AUGGACCACAGUCAAAAUAAUUGGUUAAGGACAAAUUGGAUACCACGCAAUUCAGCUCAGAAAAUCUAUGUGGAACUCAAAUUUACUCUGAGGGAUUGUAACAGUAUCCCAUUGGUUCUGGGCACUUGUAAGGAAACUUUUAAUUUGUAUUAUAUGGAAUCUGAUGAUGACCAUUCUGUGAAGUUCAGAGAACACCAGUUUACAAAGAUUGAUACCAUUGCUGCUGAUGAGAGCUUCACUCAGAUGGAUCUUGGUGAUCGUAUUCUUAAGCUCAAUACAGAAGUUCGUGAAGUGGGACCUGUGAGCAGGAAAGGAUUUUAUUUGGCUUUUCAAGAUGUGGGUGCAUGUGUGGCCUUAGUAUCUGUGCGAGUGUACUUCAAAAAAUGCCCUUUUACUAUAAAGAACCUGGCCAUGUUUCCAGAUACAGUACCUAUGGAUUCCCAGUCACUGGUGGAAGUGCGAGGCUCUUGUGUUAAUCAUUCCAAAGAGGAAGAACCACCCAAGAUGUACUGCAGCACUGAAGGAGAAUGGCUAGUACCCAUAGGGAAGUGCUUAUGUAAUGCCGGCUAUGAAGAAAGAGGCUACGCCUGCCAGGCUUGCCGACCAGGUUUUUAUAAAGCCUUUGCUGGUAAUAUUAAAUGCGCCAAAUGUCCACCUCAUAGUUCAACAAAUGUGGAAGGUUCUACAAAUUGCAAGUGUGAGAAGAACUACUUUCGAUCUGAAGGAGAUGUUCCAUCAAUGGCUUGCACAAGACCCCCUUCUGCUCCCAGAAAUGUUAUUUCUAAUAUCAAUGAAACCUCAGUUAUCCUAGAUUGGAGCUGGCCUUUGGACACAGGGGGCAGAAAGGAUGUCACUUUCAACAUUGUAUGCAAGAAAUGUGGAGGAACCAGCAAGAUCUGUGAACCAUGUAGCAAUAUAGUAAGAUUUCUUCCUCGUCAGAUGGGACUCUCCAAUACAACUGUGACUGUAGUGGAUCUCUUGGCUCAUACAAAUUACACUUUUGAGAUAGAUGCUGUUAAUGGAGUAUCUGGUUUAAGUACCAUCCCAAGACAAUUUGCUGCAGUAAGCAUUACAACCAAUCAAGCAGCUCCAUCACCUAUUACAACAAUCAGAAAGGACCGGACCUCUAGAAACAGUGUCUCUCUGUCUUGGCAAGAACCUGAACACCCAAAUGGGAUCAUCUUGGAUUAUGAAGUCAAGUACUAUGAAAAGCAGGAACAAGAGACAAGCUACACCAUUCUGAGAGCAAAAACUAUGAAUGUUACUAUUAAUGGCCUUAAGCCAGACACCACUUAUGUUUUCCAAAUCAGAGCCCGAACUGCUGCAGGAUAUGGCACCAACAGCCGCAAAUUUGAGUUUGAAACCAGUCCAGACUCUUUCUCCAUCUCCAGUGAGAAUAGCCAGGUUGUAAUGAUUGCUGUUUCAGCUGCCGUAGCAAUUAUUCUGCUCACAAUUGUGGUUUACAUUUUGAUUGGAAGAUUCUGCGGACAUAAUAAAUCAAAACAUGGCUCUGAUGAGAAGAGGCUGUAUUUUGUGAAGCUUCCUGGACUCAGGACAUAUGUGGAUCCGCAUACGUAUGAAGAUCCCAAUCUGGCUGUUCAUGAAUUUGCCAGAGAACUAGAGGCUUCCAGCAUAGCCAUUGAUAAAGUCGUUGGGGCAGGUGAGUUUGGAGAAGUAUGUAGUGGUCGCCUAAAACUUCCUUCCAAAAAGGAAAUAUCAGUUGCCAUUAAAACCCUGAAGGUUGGUUACACAGAGAAACAGAGAAGAGAUUUUCUUGGAGAAGCAAGCAUCAUGGGACAAUUUGAUCAUCCCAAUAUAAUCCGGUUAGAAGGCGUGGUCACCAAAAGUAAACCAGUCAUGAUUAUUACUGAAUAUAUGGAAAAUGGUUCUUUAGAUAGUUUUCUCAGGAAACAUGAUGCUCAAUUCACAGUCAUUCAGCUGGUGGGAAUGCUUCGAGGAAUUGCAUCUGGCAUGAAGUAUCUGUCAGAUAUGGGUUAUGUCCAUCGUGACCUUGCUGCCCGCAACAUACUCAUCAACAGUAACUUAGUAUGCAAAGUGUCUGAUUUUGGCCUUUCCCGCAUAUUGGAAGAUGAUCCAGAAGCUGCCUAUACAACAAGGGGAGGCAAGAUUCCAAUUCGUUGGACAUCUCCAGAAGCUAUUGCUUAUCGCAAAUUUACAUCAGCCAGUGACGCAUGGAGCUAUGGUAUUGUUCUUUGGGAAGUAAUGUCCUAUGGAGAGAGGCCCUAUUGGGAGAUGUCUAAUCAAGAUGUAAUUAAAGCAGUGGAGGAAGGAUACCGUUUGCCACCACCCAUGGACUGCCCAGCUGCCUUGUAUCAGAUGAUGCUGGACUGUUGGCAAAAAGACAGAAACAACAGACCAAAGUUUGAGCAGAUUGUCAGCAUCUUGGACAAGCUGAUCCGUAAUCCCAGCAGUUUAAAAAUAAUUACCAAUGCAGCUGCAAGGCCAUCAAACCUCCUACUGGACCAAAGUAGCAUUGAAAUCUCACCCUUCCGCUCAACAGGUGAUUGGCUCAAUGGUAUUCGAAUAGGGCAAUGCAAAGACAUAUUCACAGGAGUGGAAUACAGUUCAUGUGAUACAAUAGCCAAUAUUUCUUCAGACGACAUGAAGAAAAUUGGAGUGACGAUUGUUGGACCACAGAAAAAACUUAUUAGCAGUAUUAAAUCUCUGGAAAUGCAUACAAAGAAUGGCCCUGUUCCUGUUUAA